ACAUACAUACACCAUACAUACAUUAUAUUCAUAAUUCAUCCUGGAUUGUAUGUACACUUUUACCUGAAUAUUUGAUUUGAUUGGCAUUCCCAGCGAAAUUUCUACAUUCUAUAUAUUCUAUAUUCUAUAUUCUACUCAAUUUCUAUGUUCUCUGUUAAUUCCAAAUGUUCCUUCUUGUAUAUAAAUCAAUAAAAUAAAAUAAAAUCCAAAUACUGUAGCGUGUUGGGUAAUAUUGUAAGGCAGGAGAGGCACGCGGCGUCCCGGCACCCUUAUUACUCUCUGGUACCUCGCCAUGUCUCUCUACAGGAACACCGUCUGGUUCUUCAAGGGCCUCAAGGAGUUCACCAAGAAUGGGUACCUGACUGCCAGUAAGAAGUUCAAGGAAGAUGACCUGGAAGUGGAUUGCAGUGGGCGCCAUUUUAUGGUAACUGGAGCAAACAGUGGAAUUGGCAAGUGUAUAGCUACAGAAAUAGCAAAACGCGGAGGAACUGUUCACAUGGUGUGCCGCAACCCAACUGCCGCUGAAGAAGCCAAAAAGGAGAUUGUCGAAGUUUCUAAUAAUCAGAAUAUCUUUGUACACAUCCUUGACAUGUCAAAGCCCAGAGAUGUGCACAAGUUUACUCAAGAUUUCUGUAAGGAGAAUGACAGCCUGAAUGUACUGGUUAAUAAUGCUGGUUGUAUGGUCAACCCUCGGCAGUUGACGGAGGACAACUUAGAGAAGAACUUUGCCACGAACACACUCGGCACCUACAUACUCACCACUAAUCUCCUCCCAUUGAUAAAGAAAAGUGAUACGCCAAGGGUGGUAACAGUCACUUCAGGUGGCAUGUUGGUCCAGAAACUUGACUAUGCAGACUUGCAGUUUGAGAAGAUGUAUCCAUAUGAUGGCACGAUGGCCUAUGCUCAGAACAAAAGGCAACAGGUGGUAAUGACAGAGCAAUAUGCUAAAAAUCAUCCAGAGAUUCAUUUCUCUUGUAUGCAUCCAGGCUGGACAGACACUCCAGCUUUACGGGUCUCCAUGCCAGAUUUCUAUGAAAAGAUGAAGGAUAAGCUGAGAGAAGGUGGUGAGGGAGCAGAUACUGCUGUGUGGUUGGCAGUGUCACCAGCAGUCAUUGUUCAUUCUUCAGGACUGUUCUUUCAAGAUAGAAGUCCUGUUCCCACUCACCUGCCUUUGGCAUCAACCAAAGUGACUACUAAAGAGGAGGAGGAAUUUAUGUCGGUGCUUGAGGAGCUUUCUAAGAAAUUUGGAGGGUAAACUUGGCUUGGUUACCUUACCUUACCUUGAGGUGCUUCCGGAGCUUCGUGUCCCCGCGGCCCGGUCGUCAACCAGGCCUCCUGGCUCCUGUGGUUACUGCUAUCCCUGGGUGAUGUCUGUUGUUUUGAGAGAGGGGGUUCUUUGUUGCUUCAGAAGCUUCAAAGUUGAUGAUACGAGCUUAAACUUGUAUUUGAAUUGUUUGAAAGAAAAUUGUUUAUAACUUUCUAUACAUAUUUUACAAUUUCCAGUAAGUUUGGGUGAACAGGUGAACUCAAGCCACAGAAUAAAGUAAAAAUUCACCAGAAAAACAAUCCGUAAGAUAAUUAUAUUUAGAUUUAGCAGUUCGAUAAGUUCUUGAAUUGCAGAAGUUUUAAAAGAUGCAGAGUUUACUUUUUAAUUCUUAUUUUUUUUUUUUAAAUGUGUUGUGUUUGGUAUUUGAGAAUCUAAGCAGUUCUUAUCUAUUGGUGUCUGGAGAUUAAGAUAUUUUAGCUCCUGCAUCCAACUUGCUAUUGGUGUUCUUAAAUCUCUAGAUAUUCUUGCUCACUCUGACUUCCUCUUGAAUCUGUGGAUAGAGGUGAUGACUGUAACUUUUUUCAGUACAUUCCACACGCUCACCGUCAUCUGCUGCCAUGCUUCUUGUCGUCUGUGAGGUCCCAGUUCCCCCACACAACCUCAACACCAUGAUUUGACCUUGACUCCUUUUGCACCCUUUUUGUUUUGACAUUUCUGUUAGGGUUAUAUUGUUUCAUCGUAAAAUCCACCAAUCUGUAACUAUUUUAUGCAGUACUGUAUAUUUGUGGCUGGAAGGGGGUGGGUAUAUUUGGAAUUAAUGUAGAAGCUGGUGUUUUAUUAAAAGUGGAGUAUACAACAACCAGACCUUAGGAUAUGACUGGAAUGGAUCCAUUUUUUAUCAGUACUGUAUAAUGUCAAGUGAUCACUUUGCACAAGAUAUUUCAGGAAAUCCUGCCUUACACAAUUAAGGGUUUUAUUGUAGCCUGAUUAUAGUUUUUACACACAGUCCUUCCAGAGGCAUCUAGAUUAGUUAUCUCAGCAAGCACAUUUAAGAAGCAAUAGAUAUUUGGUACAAAACUUUUCGCCAUGCAAGAAAUGAAUCGUGACCAGCAUAAGCCUAAUUUUUUUCCAGGCCCUUUAGCAUCAUGUCUGUCAAUAAGGUUGUAUGUCAGACCCAGUUGACUAGUCUUGGUGCACUUUGUUACUGAUCGUCGACAUUAUAAAGAAAGCUUUAGUGUGAAACAUUCUAAUAAUUUGCCUUAGUUUUGUAGCAUUCAGUCAUUGUGACAAUGACUCGUUCAAGUAUGGAGACGAGUACCUGUCAGCUGUAGUGUGACCAAUAUUACAUUAAACUGUUGGUAGGUGAUUAUAGUGCACCACCUUCGUAGUUGUGGUUGAUAAUUGUGCACCACCCCCAACUGGUCAUUGGAGGGUGUGUCCUGCAUAUUGUGCACAAGUGUUAGUACAGUAUUGUAUUAAUAGUAUAAUCUGUAUGUGUUAGUCCUAAGUUUGAGUUUCUGUUUACAUUGCCACGAGUCCCGGAUCAGACCUUCUACAUGCACCCGGAGAGUUGAAGCUCCAGGUGCAUUCUCUUAUUACUCAGAAGUAAAAAAAAAAUAGUAUAAAUUAUAUAUAAUAUACACAUACAUACAUACAUACAUACAUACAUACAUACAUACAUACAUACAUACAUACAUACAUACAUACAUACAUACAUAUUUGUGUAGUGUAAAAUUGCAAUUUAUAUUUCUCUGUCCAUCAAGAUUGUGUAAAAAGUGGCCCAUCCUGCAAACAUGAUGGUUUGUGGCAAUUAUUGGUGUAACGUGCAGAAAUGGACUGGUGUGCAAGUAUCCAAAAAGGAGGAAGAAUACGGCAAUUCUGAACGUAUCCAUUUCAUUCUUCCCUUGUAGAUAAUUAUGCAUAACUAAAUCACUAGUUUUUUUUUAUUCUUGCAAAAUAGAUUGUUGUAUACAAAGUAAUUUGCAUUGUGUAUUAUUGGCAUACUCCAAAUGCUGCACUACAAAUUACAACAGUAACUAUACAACCUAACCUAGGCUGCAAGUUUAGGCUUGGGUGUUGCCUUCUUUUUCAUGCCCUCUACAAAAUUAACAUUUACGGACAGAAAUAUUGUGUGUGUGUGUGUGUGUGUGUGUGUGUGUGUGUGUGUAAUUACCUAAGUGUAAUUACCUAAAUUACACGUGUGUGUGCGUGCGCGCGCGCGCGCAACAGUCCAUAUUUGUAUGGUCAAGCAAUAGUUGCUACACUUACCAACUCGUUGUCCACAAAUGAUGGUCAAGUGUUCAGUUUUUAGCAAUGAUAUUUGUUUAGGCUUUAUAUGUAUCCCUAGAUCAUUGCUCGAGUGUGUGUCUUGUUCAUCUGUGCAAGCAGGUGGGGAUAUCCGUUUUAUAUGUAAUGUACCGAGUUUACUUUUAACACUUGUAUGGGGACUACCAAGGCCCUCUACAUUUUAAUAUUUUGCUGUUUUAAUAAUAAAAAUACUGAAUAAUAGUGGUAACAGUUUUCCCCUACUAUUUCUCUCUACUACAUGACUGAAAAUUUCAUUUCCUUUUGCGAUCAGCAAUUUUUUUACUGCCGUUUUUUUACAGUCCUGAUAGCCUUGUUCCUUUUUUUUUUUUUUUUUUUUUUUUUAAUAAAGCAACUCUACUGCUAUUUGCAUUUAACUCGGAAAGCUAUAUAUCUUCAAAGGUAUGGUAAUUAUAUGUGAGGAGGAGGGGCUGGGAUAGAACAGAGGGAAGGAGCUGUCAAUUCCUCUUGAUAAUUUUAUAGGUAGUGGUGUGAUGUAAUUCCACACUAAUGAAGUGUGGAAGAGGGUACCAGAAGAAUAGUAGUCUAGCAGGGAGGAAGUUGCAAGAGUCAGAAAAGGAGGACCUGGGAGUGGAUGUAACACCAGAUUAACAGGAUCAUUAGCUAUAUGUCCAGGUCUAGCAAACAUAUGGAUGACUUAAGAACCUAACAGAAAAUCUUCCAAGGUUAUAUACAUGGUCAAUGUUAGAGCAUUGCUAGAGUAUAUAGUCCAACAUGGAACCCACACAUGGUAAAGAAUAAGAAAAAAACAGAUUAAUUAAUUUUUAGAAAAUAUUGAAGCCGUACGAUAGGAACCCAACGUGCGGCCUCAAUAUUUUCUCAUAGAUAUAUCACGUUUGUCAUUUCAUUUUGUAUUAGUAAUUUUUUCCGGAUCUCUCAUUACAAUACAUUAUAUCAAUCAAAUCAAAAACUAUUCAUAAAUGGUAGUAUAUAUACAUAAAAAGUACACUCGCUCACAAAUGUAUUACCAUUUAUGAAUAGUUUUUUUACAUGAUUAUAUUUGGUUAUAAUGUACUGUAUGAAACUGAUAAUUUUCCAAAUAAACUAUGGCAUUAAAGCAGAAAACAUAUACCAAGGAUUUAUAGAUUUUGUGGAUAUUUCAUCUGUAGUCAAUUAUCCCAGUUGGUACCCAACAAGUAAUAUCUAUAGCUAGUUUAAUUUUGGGGAGCAGUUAAAUCUGUAUAAUGGAGCAUUGACUAUUUAUAGGUGAAACAAUUUUGUGGAAUUUAAACUUUGCUUGUGAAACUGAAAUAUAAAUUUGUAUUUAUUAUAAUCAGACACGUGUGUAAAUUAAGUAGAUGAUGUGGAGCACUAAGCCUGUAUGUAUGAGUCAAACUUUAUCAAUACAUUAAAUUAGCAUGCACUAUUUGUUCAUGCAUCUUAAGUUUAAAUUUUUUAUUAUACUAGAAAUUGGUUUUAUUAGUGUGAACUAUAGAACACGCUUAAAAAUGUGCACAUUAUGAUAUCAAAUUUGCUACAAAAAAUAUAAUAUGUAAAAUACUUUGUUGAUUUUGUUUUUCUGCAAGUUCCAGUCCAGCAAAUACAAGGACUUACUCCACUGGACGUUUUUCCAUUACAUUUGAUGCGAAUAAUCUUGGUAACCUGUCGUACCGACAGGACAGGUACGACAGGUUUCUAAGUGAACAAAAUGUCUAUGGAUCCAGCUUGUGAUCAAGCACGAGCCACCAAGCACGGUGUGUAAUAAAACAAAUUUUGCUCUGCCGAAUAUGUUUAAUGAAAGACAUCGAGCACAGGUCAAGGGACGGGGUGGAGGAGGGACCACGGUAUGGCACAGGUGCACCGGCUGGACCCUCUUACUUCAUCAAUUUUGUUUUCAUAAAAUAUAAUCAUAGACUUUGUAAAUAGAAUACAGGGUACAGUACACUAAAAGUUUAUUUGAACAUAAAACUUACACCAUGCAGUGUGGACAAAAUUGAUCUGCUUCUAGAAUGUAUAGCUUCCUUUUGGCACAUUCAAUGAAAUGACUAAGAUGGGCCAGGACAAAAUGGCUCUUAAAUGCACUAAUAUAAAUGCAAUAUUUUCCCCUUGGUCAGCCAUCCUUCACAGCAUUGAAGAAUAACUUAUUUAUGAAAUCAAAUUUCAUAAAUAUACUGUGUGUAUACACUACGUGGCAAGGCAGAAGCCGACAAAAACAGGCUGCAUGGUCUAGAUUGUGAACACUAAGGAAUAGCAUACAGGAAACAAAGACGGCAAUAUCAUCAUGAGGAGCCUCGCCACCGCCCAGCAGAGGGAGAACCUCGUUUUCUAAUAUUCCAUAAUUCUGCCAACCCUGUUGGUUGUCAAGAUGGAAUUACACUACAUGCAUGGAAGAAUCAUACACAGCUGGUGUGGGAUUACACAUGUGUAUCCACCCUCGCUGACACGUAUAUCCACCUCGGCACACCAAUCAAGCAUAUGCAGCUGCCUCUGACAGGGAUCUGGUCACCCAAUAACAUUUUGCCCCCUGUAGAAUUUAAGACCCUAGGCUCCUUGUAAAAAAAAAAAAAAUGCUAUGAACUUCCUCAAGAAUUUGGGUUCCAGGCUCAUUGAAACAUUACACACACCCAAUGGCAGACUGCUUUAUUUUUCCAUUGUGGCAUUAGAGAGAAGUGCUAGUUUCAUUCUUUGUUGUUACCUAAUGGUUGAUGUUCACAAUGAACUACAGUUCAAAAAUUAGCUGUGUUAAUUUUUGUAACAAUCAUAUAGUAAAAACAGUUGAGGGUGGCUGAAUACAAUACAAUACAGUACUGUAUUUGGGUGUAAACCUGGAAACUCUACAAAGCUCCCUCAAGUGCCUUUUAUUUACUGCUCCAAGACUAAGGGUCCUUACCAAUUGAGCCAGUGGUGGUAACCUAUAUA